AACAAAAGUAACUCUUGACAGUUCUAUUAGUUGUAGUGCAUGAGGUGGUCUCUAGGACCUAAACUGCAGCCUGUCAGCAGGGGGAGCUCUACAAGUUUUAGCUUCACUUUGGAGCUCUCAGCCAUCCAUGAGUGUGACCAACUCCUCUGCCUAUCGAUCGGAGCGUAGUUUCCACCAGACUUCAUCCUCUUCCUCAUCCUCUAGUAACCCAUACAUGGAGAAAAGCCGAGGACUGUUCACAGAGGACUUUGGCUCCUUCAUGGGGCCUGGGAGCGACGCCUUGGGGUUUUCCAGUGGAUCUGGAAAUAUCAAGACUCUCGGGGAUUCGUACCAGUUCACAGUUGACGUGCGAGAUUUCUCCCCUGAAGAUGUCAUCGUCACCACAUCCAACAACCAGAUCGAGGUUCACGCAGAGAAGCUGGCCACGGACGGUUCGGUGAUGAACACUUUCACACACAAGUGCCAACUACCCGACGACGUGGACCCCACCUCAGUGACGUCAUCACUGGGCGCAGAGGGGACCCUAACAGUGAAGGCCCGUCGGCACCCGGCCAAACAUGAGCUCGUACAGACCUUCCGCACUGAGAUCAAGAUCUGAAGAGGGACCUCACAAACCUCUCUCUUAUUGUGUUAUUAAUGCUACCUUCUGUAUCUCCUGUCCUCACUAAACCCUUCAAACGCUCACAGAGUUAGCAACAUGCUCCAUAAAAUAACAGUCCUUCAGUGGCUGCAGCUUUACCUUGUUUCUGCUCAUUUAUUGAUGUAAUUUAGUUUAAAAUACAUCAUAACUUCACAUCAUACACUACAAGUCAAAAGUUUGGAAACACCUUCUCAUUCAAGGGUUUGUAUUUA